UCGACAAAUUACCAUGAUCAAAAGGAUCUGGUCCGCUAAAAUCCUGCCGGAGUAUCAAAAACCUUUUACUCUCUCGCUGUACCGGAACUUUCCCUGGCUUUCUUUGCAUUUUUAACCCGAUUUGACCCGUAACAAAACCCGUUAGUCCGGUGUGUGUAGUGUUUUUUUUCCAUUCAUUUUUGACAAGUCCGGAACUUUGCCGGGUUAGUCUCAGAAUCCGAAUCUUCGUCUUUUGAUUGGGUGUGUGCGAAUUUAGCAAACUGUCUUUUCUCAUCUGCUUUAUCGGCUAAUUCUUUCUCAGUCGUUGUCGUCGACUCCGAUCCGGAUGGGAUUUUUAGUGGAGGAAAAAGUAAGCAGCUUGAAGUAGGAGUGGAGUAGGGAGAAUUUGUGGAACAAUGCAAGGUCUCAGUUUCAGAGCCAAAUUUAGAAUAGCAACUGUUGUCUUAUUGGCAUUAUGGAUUGGUCUUGCUGCAUUUUAUGGGUUGCUAAAACCCAUAUCCAGUGGUUGUAUCAUGACCUACAUGUAUCCCACAUAUAUACCCAUCUCCUCACCAGAAGGUUUAUCAUCUGCAAAGUAUGGGUUAUAUUUGUACCAUGAAGGGUGGAAAAAGAUUGAUUUUAAGGAGCAUCUUAAGAAGCUUAGUGGUGUCCCGGUUCUUUUUAUUCCGGGCAAUGGCGGUAGCUACAAACAGGUGCGGUCGUUGGCUGCGGAAUCUGAUAGGGCAUAUCAAGGAGGUCCACUUGAGCGCACGUUUUAUCAGGAAGCUUUCCUGACACCUGAGGAAGGAGGCCUAAAUGCCGAUGUAGUGGGCUUUCAAUUUCCCAACCAAUAUACUAGCAGGCUUGAUUGGUUUGCUGUGGAUCUUGAAGGAGAACAUUCUGCUAUGGAUGGUUGCAUACUAGAAGAGCACACAGAAUAUGUUGUUUAUGCCAUUCACAGGUUAUUGGAUCAAUACAAAGAAUCUUAUGAUGCUAGAGAAAGAGAAGGCGCUGCAUCCUCUGGGCAUUUGCCAAAAAGUGUCAUAUUGGUUGGUCACUCUAUGGGUGGUUUUGUUGCUAGAGCUGCAAUUAUCCAUCCUCAUUUGAGGAAAUCCGCAGUUGAGACUGUUCUUACCCUUUCAAGCCCACACCAAUCACCUCCUCUGGCAUUGCAGCCUUCUUUGGGUCAUUACUUUGCACGUGUAAAUCAUGAAUGGAGAAUGGGAUAUCAGGUCCAGAGAACUCAUGCGGGACAUUAUGUAUCUGAUCCUGUUCUUUCACAUGUGGUUGUUAUAUCCAUUUCUGGUGGUUAUCAUGAUUAUCAGGUACGGUCAAAGUUGGAAUCCCUUGACGGUAUUGUACCUCCCACCCAUGGUUUUAUGAUCAGUAGUACAGGCAUGAAAAAUGUGUGGUUGUCAAUGGAACAUCAGGCAAUUUUAUGGUGUAACCAACUAGUUAUACAAGUAUCUCACACUCUCCUUAGUUUGAUAGACUCAAGAACAGGUCUUCCAUUUAUUGACACUCCAAGAAGAGUUGCAAUAUUCUCUAGAAUGCUUCGUAGUAGUAUACCACAGAGUUUGUCUCAACAGUCAAUCCAUGCCUCCAUGAAGGAUAUAAAAGAUUCAGAUGGAUCCUUAUUGCAUGCUGCUAGCGUUUGUCCCACCAAUGUUCAUUGGAGUGAAGAUGGUCUAGACAGAGACCUAUACAUUAAGACAACCACUGUUUCUGUUUUGGCGAUGGAUGGUAGAAGAAGAUGGUUGGACAUACAGAAACUGGGGUCAAAUGGAAAAAGUCACUUCGUUUUUGUGACAAACCUUGCUCCAUGUUAUGGGGUUAGACUUCAUCUGUGGCCUGAAAAAGGGAAGUCACCACCAGAGUUGCCCACUAGUAAAAGGGUUCUUGAGGUGACAUCAAGGAUGGUUCAUAUUCCAUCAGGACCGGCACCAAGACAGAUUGAACCAGGAAGUCAGACAGAGCAAGCUCCUCCAUCCGCUAUAUUUCAGUUGGGGCCUAAGGAUAUGCAUGGUUUCAGAUUCCUGACAAUUUCAGUUGCACCUCGUCCGAGCAUUUCAGGCAGACCUCCACCAGCAACUUCAAUGGCAGUUGGACAGUUUUUCAAUCCAGAUGAAGGGGAACUGGAUAUCUCUCCUUGGUUGAUGCUUCUGUCUACGUAUUCUAAUAAGGAAAUGUUUUUGAAGGAGGACCAUCCUCUUGCAUUGAAUUUAUCAUUUAAAAUUAGUUUAGGACUUCUACCAGUUACCUUGUCUUUGAAGCCUGCAGGCUGCGGAAUAAAAAGUUCUGUACUUUCAGAUGAAGAGGCUGGAGAUGUUGAAAAUAGUCGGCUUUGUAAGCUACGCUGUUUCCCUCCUGUAGCAUUUGCUUGGGAUAACACAUCAGGUCUUCAUAUAUUUCCAAAUUUACAGAGUGAGAUAAUUAUCGUCGAUUCCUCACCAGCCCUUUGGAGUUCUAAUCGAGAUUCUGAGAAGACCACUGUUCUGUUGUUGGCAGAUCCACACUGUUCUUAUAAAACUAAUGUUGCAGUUUCUUUCACUACAUUCACCAGUAGAUUUUUGCUUGUGUAUAAUUCACAGAUAGUUGGUUUCGCUGUUGUUGUUGUCUUUUUUGCACUGAUGCAGCAAGCACAUGCCUGGGAUCUUGAUCUGCCCAUACCUUCAUUGCUGACAGCUGUGGAAUCAAAUUUGAGAAUGCCAUUGCCAUUUUUCUAUCUGGCCAUUGCACCCAUUUUUCUUUCCUUGUUCCUUUCCUUUUUAACUUCUCAACCAUUUCCUUCAUUUGCUAGCUUCACCAUUAUCUCAAUGAUUUGUUAUUUACUUGCAAACGGGCUUGUAAUAAUUCUGAUAUUGAUAUCCCAACUGGUCUUCUAUGUGACUGCUGUUGUGCACAUUUUUAUCAAGACAAGGUGGCAUUGGUUGGAAGGAAAUAUAUGGUUUACUAACCUAUCAUCCGGCUUCUCUUCUUUUAAGGUGGUAAGGGUUUUAAGAGCCAAUCCUUCUCUUGUUACAGCACUAGCUGCAAUUACCAUGGGGUGCUUGAUUCAUCCAGCUUUGGGUCUAUUUGUACUGCUCUUCUCUCAUGCUUUCUGCUGUCAUAGUGCACUUUGUAGUUUUUUGACGGCUUCAUUUCGCAGCCAUGCACGACAAAAGGAGGUUUCUGAUUAUAAGAAUGACGGCAAUGGUGGGUCUGAGCAACCUACAUUCCUAUUUGAUUGUACAUUCGACCAGAAGAAAGAGAGCUGUUCCAAUAGUCCUAAUGCUUCAAAAAGUUACGCUGAAACACAACUAGAGAUAUUCCAUCAUCGGCAUGGCUUGUUGAUUUUGCAUCUGCUUGCAGCGCUCAUGUUUGUCCCUUCACUGGCAGCUUGGUUGCAGAGAUUAGGGGUGGGUCUGAAUUUCCCAUGGUUUCUGGAUUCAGUUCUUUGCAUUGGUGUGAUCCUUCAUGGUAUCUGUAAUUCGAAGCCCGAAUUCAAUUCCUUCUUGUUUUCUUUCCCCGGCAUACCAAUACAGGAAGUGAGGCUGAACUUUAUCUACCUGAUUGCUGGAUACUACUCCUAUCUGUCUGGUCUGGCCCAGGCACCAUACAGAGUGUUCUACGUCAUGGCUGCCAUAGGCAUCAUUUCCUUCUCUUUGAGGAUCUUACAGAGAAGGAGUAUGGAAAGGGGAGAAGCCUAUUUUGUUAGCCGAAAGCAUUCUCAUAGACACUGAAGUGAGAUUCUUAUAAAAACAGAAUGUAGGCAGACAGGCCUAUUUUGUUAGCCGAAAGCAUUCUCAUGUGAUUUGACUGAUAAAGUUGGGAUGUUCCACGGGAAGGACCUUCAUGUCCACGCAGUUUUGCUAUCAACUUUAUAGGAUUUGACAGAGACAGCAAAAAUACCACGUUUGGCUGUGACAUAUGUAAUAUGAAGAUGAACAAUUUGCUGUACAUUUACGGGAUAAGUCCCUUUUUUUUAUUUUUUUAUUUUAUAGAUUUUUAAUUUUCAUGUGGCAGAGCCGUUUUAUAAUAUUGACGGGAGUUUACAAAGCAUUUCUUGGUAGCCUUUUUGGCAACAAAAAUAGAUAGACCUUUGUUUGGAUUUCAUAUUAAGAAAGAAACAAAGGUCGUUUUUGAAGAUUUGAA